AUGGCCCUGUUUGAUUCCGCACCGCGUGUUUUCGCGGUUGCGACGGCUCUACGUCUGGUCUUGCUCGUGUAUGGCAGCUGGCAAGAUGCCAACUCGGCGGUCAAAUACACGGAUAUUGACUACAUGGUCUUCACUGAUGCGGCGCGCUUUGUCUCGAAAGGCGAGCCCCCGUAUGCUCGAGACACCUAUCGCUACACGCCAUUACUUGCGUGGAUGUUGAUUCCUACCGCAUGGUCGCCGGUGAUGUUUGCCUUUGGCAAGGUCCUGUUUGCACUGGCAGAUAUCAUUGCUGGGUGGCUGGUCGUGCAACUAUUGACGAAGUGUUAUCACUUCCCAUCAGAGCGAGCGCUCCGAUAUGUUUCGGCAGUAUGGCUGUGGAACCCCAUGGUGGCCAAUAUCAGUACCCGUGGCAGCUCCGAGGGCCUGCUUGGGGUUCUUGUUGCGGCGUUGCUGUGGGCCACGUUGACAAGGAGAGCAGCGUUGGCGGGGAUUGUCCUUGGGCUCGCUGUGCACUUCAAAAUCUAUCCCUUCAUCUACGGGGUUUCGAUUCUGUGGUGGUGGGAUGCCGAACGUGAUGGCGCACCCCCUUCUACCAAGUCAGACCUGAUCUCACAGAUCCUGGGGUUCAUUACUUCGUCACGUCUAAAGCUUACGGGCUUUGCACUCGCUACAUUCAUUGCCCUGAACAGUGUCAUGUACCUGCAAUAUGGCACUCCCUUCCUACAACAUACUUUCUUCCAUCAUGUUACCCGCAUAGAUCACCGACACAACUUUUCUCCAUACAGCACGCUGCUAUAUCUCACUUCAGUUGGGGAUACAUCUUUCCAUUUCGAGGCGUUGGCAUUCCUACCCCAGCUCCUUCUUGCUAUCGUCUUCCUCCCGCUAGUCCUGGCCAAGAAGGAUUUGGCCACAACCAUGCUGGCCCAAACUUUUGCUUUUGUCACUUUCAACAAAGUGUGCACCAGCCAGUAUUUUUUGUGGUACCUCAUAUUGCUCCCAUUCUAUCUUCCUUCCUCCUCUCUCAUUCGCAAAGGCACAUUAGGAAUCGCCGCUGCUCUUUUAUGGGUUCUAGGGCAAGCGCUGUGGCUGCAACAGGGCUUUAAUCUAGAAUUCCUCGGUCGUUCAGUCUUUGUGCCAGGCCUUUUCCUGGCUUCCCUGUUCUUCUUUGCUGUGAAUGUAUGGAUUCUCGGUAUCAUUGUUCAUGAUGCUGGUCAGGACAGGGAUGUGGUGCUUUAA